GUUUGAACUUCACAAAUAGAGCGACAGAGCGCGCGCGGAGGAGGGGCUCACGCGAAGUUCCUGACAGUUCGCGGACUCCGGUUUAAAGACCAGCAUCACAAUCGCUGCAAAGACCACCCGAAUGAACUUGCGCAGCGUAUGAACAACUCUUGAGAGAAGGGCAGGCGAACUCAAGCCGUCUUGGAGCUCCGCGCACACACACACAGGAUUUGUUUCGGACGUUUGGACGGUGUUUUUGAGGAUCUCUGGCGUUCCUCUCACGCGCAGGCGGAGCGGCGCGUGUUCAUCAUCGGCUCAGCAGAGCUGUCAUGCUGCCUAAAGUCGAGUCAGAAUCUCUGGGACUCGCUCGAUCGCAUGGGGAACAGAGGCAUAUGCCAGGAAACAUGCAAGCACCCCAGUUUAAAAUGAUGGACUACUCCUACAACGAAGAAUUAGACGAAAUGUGUCCAGUGUGUGGAGACAAGGUGUCCGGAUAUCACUACGGGUUACUGACCUGUGAGAGCUGUAAGGGCUUCUUCAAGCGCACGGUGCAGAACAACAAGCGCUACACAUGUAUAGAGAACCAGAGCUGUCAAAUAGACAAGACCCAGCGGAAACGCUGCCCCUACUGUCGCUUCCAGAAGUGCCUCACUGUCGGCAUGAAACUGGAGGCUGUGAGGGCCGAUCGAAUGAGAGGAGGUCGCAACAAGUUUGGCCCCAUGUACAAACGAGACCGGGCACUCAAGCAACAGAAAAAAGCCUUGAUCCGGGCCAAUGGACUCAAAAUGGAGGCCAUGACACAAGCCAUGCAAAUUGUCCCAGCAGACCUCACCAUUACCUCUGCCAUUCAGAACAUCCAUUCGGCCUCCAAGGGGCUUCCACUGAGUCACCACCAUCAUCACCACCAUCAUCACCACCACCACAGCUCCUCCAGUGCAGGCCUUCCACCUGCAGACUUUGACCGCAGUCCCUUCGUCACCUCGCCAGUCAGCAUGGCCAUGCCGCCGCACGCCGGAGGACUGCAGGGUUACCAGGCGUACGGCCACUUUCAGAGCCGCACCAUCAAGUCAGAGUAUCCCGACCCCUACACAAGCUCACCGGAGUCCCUCAUGGGCUACCCAUACGUAGAAGCCUACGCAGGUGGAUCACCACCCACCUUCCCUCACCUGGUGGUGGAGCUGCUCAAGUGCGAGCCGGACGAGCCCCAGGUGCAAGCGAAGAUUCUAGCUUACCUCCAGCAGGAGCAGGCCAGCCGAGGCAAGCACGAGAAGCUCAACACUUUUGGCCUCAUGUGCAAGAUGGCUGACCAGACACUGUUCUCCAUUGUAGAAUGGGCCAGGAGCAGCGUCUUCUUCAGGGAACUGAAGGUUGACGACCAAAUGAAGCUUCUCCAGAACUGUUGGAGUGAACUCCUCAUCCUGGACCACGUUUUCCGGCAGGUGAUGCACGCCAAAGAGGGCUCCAUCCUCCUGGUCACGGGGCAACAGGUGGAUUACGCCCUAAUUGCCUCCCAAGCCGGUGCCACACUCAACAACCUCCUGAGUCACGCGCAGGAGCUGGUGAGCAAACUACGAUCCCUCCAGCUGGACCAGAGGGAGUUUGUCUGCCUCAAGUUCCUAGUGCUGUUCAGCUUGGACGUCAAGAACCUGGAGAACUUCCACCUGGUGGAGAGCGUCCAGGAACAGGUCAACGCAGCGCUGCUGGACUACGUGAUGUGUAACUACCCUCAGCAGACAGACAAGUUCGGUCAGCUGCUGCUGUGGCUGCCGGAGAUCCGGGCCAUCAGCCUGCAGGCUGAGGAGUAUCUGUACUACAAACACCUGAACGGUGACGUGCCCUGUAACAAUCUACUUAUAGAGAUGCUGCACGCCAAACGUGCCUGAGGACCGGUGGUGAGCCUUUGGUCUCGACACAUCGCACCUCAGUCAGCGUCAUCACCAGACACAGCCUUCCAAUGAUGAAAUGUGCACGACAUGCGCACUGACUGCAUGGGUUUGCGGUGGGCCGGACACUUUGAAUCUGAAAACCCAAACGCUAGGGUUUGGCUCGAAGGGCAGAUGCAUUUCUGGUAAAGAAAUGAAUUGAACAAAUCAAGAGUUAUAAUGACCUCUAGGCUGCGGAUUUUUCACGACUGAAACGUCCACCUUACACUAAGACUUGAGCUGGCGGGUGUAAGAUUACCGGGGUUAGGACUGGGCGCUGUUUCAAGACUGGAUCGCCAGCAUUGACCCAAAGUUUCCGUUAGGACCUGGCCAUGUGGCCUUCCUCUGUCUGUUUUAAGGCACACAAGCUGGGCCGGAGCCAGUAGGCAGAGGUAAGAUGGAAAACCAGCCAUUGUCCGCAUCAGCGCCAACUAAGACUUUAUUCCAGCCCCUCACCAAAAAACAACGCAUCCCAUUUCUCUUUUCAAAUGGGCAGCCAUUUCUUCUUCUUCUCACUCUGAGGCUACUUUUACCAAUAUUUUCUCUCCAAAAGUGGAAAAGAAAAGGAUAAAAAUCACACACCCUGUCAAGAACAUAUAUA